UCGUGAUGGAUCAUCAGGGGGAACAAUACGAAUGUGUGUGAUAACCGAGGGAGGUGUUGAAAGGAUUUUCAUUCCCGGGAACGAGCUGCCAACUUUCUGGGAAGGAAAAGAAAUCAUUAACGUUCCGCCGAAGAAGGGGGUCCAAGGGCAAAUGGAAAUUUAAGUGGAUGCCUGUUUCCUGAGCUCCGACCUGUCUUGUGUAUCAUAAUCUCAAGUGUGAAUAGCGGUGACUUGUCACCAUCCUUAUAUAAUGUCUGUUUGGGAAGUGAGGGAUCUAGCAGUGAUGCUUUUGUGAACCUGAACCCACACAUAUGACAUGUGAUCGGCAACAUCCGUUCUUGAGCUUUUUGCAUACUCUGUUCGUCAUGUCCACCAUUACGCAACAAUAUGGUGUGACUCCACCUAUAUCAACGGCUGGUCCGACACAACGAGAAAUCGAAGUGACGGAAUCUUUGAAGCAGGAACUUAUAGGCAGGAACUCAUACGAAUCACAGGAGGAGUCCAAGCUCAGAGAAAUUACGCUGGGACGCAUUGCGGUUCUCGUCCGCAAGUUUGUCCAUGAUGUGAUGAUUGAGCGCGGCCUUUCCGAAACAAUGGCAUCCACAGCUGGAGGAAAGAUAUUUACUUUUGGCUCCUAUCGACUUGGGGUUCAUGGCCCAGGGACUGACAUUGACACUCUCUGUGUUGUUCCCAAGCACAUUGAAAGGGAAGACUUUUUCACACAUUUCGAACCAAUGCUGAGGGCAUUCGAGGGUGCUACCGAUGUUGCUGGUGUUCCGGAGGCAUACGUCCCAAUCAUCACCGCCAACAUUUCAGGGGUAGCUUUCGAUUUUCUCUUUGCUCGACUCGCAAUGUCAAGCAUACCAGAUGAUUUAGAACUGAAAGAUGAUAACUUACUGCGGAAUCUUGACGAGCGCUGUGUGCGGAGCCUCGGAGGCUCCCGAGUAACAGACCAAAUUCUCCGCCUGGUUCCAAACGUCUCAGUGUUCCGUGAUGCGUUGCGAUGCAUAAAACUCUGGGCCCAAAAGCGAGCAAUCUAUUCCAAUGUCAACGGUUUCCUGGGUGGGGUUGCCUGGGCCAUGCUUGUCGCGCGAAUAUGCCAACUUUAUCCGAAUGCCAACGCCGGGGCUAUCGUCAGCCGGUUUUUCAUCAUCAUGUAUCAAUGGCAAUGGCCAUCUCCUGUCCUCCUCAAGCCAAUCGAGGACGGUCCGCUCCAAGUCAGGGUUUGGAACCCUAAACUUUACCCUUCGGACCGAGCUCAUAGGAUGCCUAUUGUCACACCUGCCUAUCCAGCCAUGUGCUCAACUCACAACGUCACCCAGUCCACACAGGCAAUUAUGAAUCAAGAAUUUAAACGAGGCGCGGAUAUUGUUGAUCGAGUGAUGAUUGGCACUGCGGAAUGGACUGAACUAUUUCAAAAGCACGACUUUUUUCACAGGUAUCAUAACUAUCUUCGGGUUAUAGCCUCAACGGGAGACUCAGCCACUCAGCUGAAAUGGUCUGGCACCGUGGAAUCACGGAUACGGCAACUUAUCAUGAAGCUGGAAUUUGUUGAUGGCGUAACUGUUGCCCAUCCCUUUACGAAAAGUUUUGAUGCUACAUUCUACUGCAAGAAUGACGCAGAAUCAGAUGCAAUUGUCCAAGGAGAUGUUCCCUCGGAUGUGGCCAAGCGAACGCUGGAUGAUGUAAAAGAUGUUCCAGCCCAUCGCACAGUAUGCACCUCGACCUUCUAUGUCGGCCUGGGACUUCGUCCGAAGCAAAGCGGCACUCCCGGAGCACGCAAGCUUGACAUAUCGUAUCCUGCUAACGAGUUCGUGAAGAUGGCGAAAAGCUGGGAACAUUUUGAUGCGUCUACCAUGUCAAUCGUCGUUCGGCAUCUCAAAAGGUGGGAUUUUGUUAUCCUUGGAUGGGCACAUUAAAAAUGAUCUGAGCCGUUCACUAGCUCCACCUUACCUGAUUCUGUUUUCGAUCCUGGUGAGAGGGAUGGCCCCGGGAAAAAACUUAAGAGGACCAAAUCUAAGGUCAGCAUCUGCUUCUGGAAUGUGCUGGAGUUUCUGUAUACUAUCAUCCGGGUGAACAAAUGCUUAACAUUGUUUUCAGAAACCUGUCAAUGAUGAUGGAUCCACCCCGAAGAGGCCUCGGUAUGAAUAUUGGUUCAUUCAACUUCACAAGGCACCUACACUGACUUCCGUCGCCCGGUG